AAACACGGAAGCAGCAUGGCGUCCAACAGCAGCGGCAGCAGCUCCGACAGGCAAAGGGUGGCACAGCAAAGACUGAGGAUAAUUGCUGGACAUUUACAGAGACCUGUGGAUGAAGAAGCGGCCGUCCUAGCCGCGGAGUGCAAAGCCAAGGGGAGCAAGGCAGAUGUCCCUAAAGUUACUGAGGAGAAGACCGUGCCGAGGAGGAGGCAGGAGAUUAUGAAAUGGAACGGUUGGGGAUACAGCGAUUCAAGAUUUCUCUUCAAUAAAAAAGGUCAAGCAGAAUUUACCGGAAAAAGGUAUAGACUUAGUGGAAUGAUCAUCCCUGGUCUGAAAGAUUGGAUGGAAGGCACAUUUGGAGCCUCUAUGCAGCACAAAAUGCCAGCAACACCCAUUCUGAAUAGCGACGCUGUAAAGCCUCCCACUCUUAACGAGGCCUUCGUGGACGAUCUGAAAUCCACAAGUAUUCCCUUCUCUCAUGAUGCAGAGGACCGGGUGUUUCGUUCCCAUGGGCAUUGCUUACAUGAGAUCUUUGCUCUACGAGAAGGGAAAGUUGGUCGUGUUCCAGACAUGGUGGUAUGGCCAAACUGCCACAACGAUGUAGUGAAAAUUGUGGAACUGGCGUGCAAACACAAUGUUUGUCUGAUACCAUACGGAGGAGGGACUAGUGUCUCUAGCGCUCUAGAGUGCCCCCCAGAGGAAACUCGCUCCAUUGUCUCUCUGGAUACCUCACAGAUGAACCGCAUCCUGUGGAUUGACGAGAAAAAUUUGACUGCCCAUGUGGAAGCUGGCAUCGUCGGCCAGGACUUGGAGAGAUUGCUUAAUGAGAGUGGUUACUGUACGGGGCAUGAGCCUGACUCCAUGGAGUUCAGCUCCCUGGGGGGCUGGGUAGCGACCAGAGCAUCGGGCAUGAAGAAGAACAUCUACGGCAAUAUUGAGGACCUGGUCGUCCACGUUAAGAUGGUGACUCCACAAGGUGUGAUUGAAAAGAGCUGUCAAGGUCCUCGUAUGUCCACAGGGCCAGACGUUCACCACUUCAUCUUGGGCUCAGAAGGCACCCUGGGUGUGGUUACUGAAGUUACAAUGAAGAUUCGGCCCAUGCCAGAAUAUCAGAAAUAUGGCUCGGUGGUAUUCCCUAAUUUUGAGCAGGGAGUCGCCUGUCUUCGAGAAGUUGCCAGACAGAGAUGUGCUCCGGCAUCUAUACGACUCAUGGAUAAUGAACAAUUUAAAUUUGGUCAUGCCCUGAAGCCUCAAGUAUCUUCACUAUUCACAUCCUUUUUGGACGGAUUGAAAACAUUUUACAUCACCAAGUUCAAAGGGUUCGACCCCAACCGCUUGUGUGUGGCCACCCUGUUGUUUGAGGGAAAUCGUGAGAAGGUCCUGCAGCACGAGAAGCAAGUUUAUGACAUUGCUGCAAAAUUUGGGGGCCUGGCAGCUGGAGAGGACAAUGGGCAGAGGGGCUACAUGUUGACCUUUGUCAUCGCUUACCUCCGGGACUUGGGGAUGGACUACUAUGUGAUCGGGGAGUCCUUUGAAACCUCUGUGCCUUGGGACAGGGUGUUGGACAUAUGCCGGAACGUAAAGGCGCGCAUCGUCGGAGAGUGUAAAGAGAGAGCAGUUCAGUUUCCUCCAUUAUCCACGUGCAGGGUGACUCAGACGUACGACGCAGGUGCCUGUGUCUACUUCUACUUUGCCUUCAACUACAGGGGACUCAGUGAUCCAGUACAUGUGUACGAACAAGUAGAGCAUGCAGCUAGAGAAGAGAUCCUUGCCAAUGGAGGGAGCUUGUCACAUCACCAUGGAGUGGGGAAACUUCGGAAGGAGUGGAUGAGAGAGACCAUCUCCAAUGUCGGCAUGGGGAUGCUCAAGUCUGUCAAGGACUAUGUGGACCCCAAUAACAUCUUUGGCAACAGGAACCUCCUCUAAUUCCGCGCUCUCGUCCAUCUUUAUCUCACCUUUUUCUAAAAAAGAAAAAAAAAAAAAGCAUCUUGGAUUAAUAGAUACUAAAUGUGAAUUUAAACAUGGACAGAGAACUUGUCUUUUUCAUUAAAUUCAUCAUUCGGUGCCAUUUACUGAGUCACCCAAACCUUUUCUUUUGACAUGAUAUUGCACUAAUAUGCUGUAACAAUCAUGUUGAAGCUCAUCGUUGCUGUUGUGUCCUGGCCUCUGCUUGUUGUUGGAGCUGAAAAUACAGACUUUGUACAGUCAGACUUUAAAAAUACAAAAAACGGCCAAGAUGCAACUGGACAUGAUGCAACAUAAACUUGAUUUUGUCAUUUUUGCUUAUGUUUAACCAUUUUUUCUAAUUAUCCUUGCCAACGUAGUUAAUUCAUUUAUUUGUUUUUACUUUCCUCGUGUGUGCGUGCGUGUGUGCGUGCGUGCGUGCGUGCGUGUGUGUGUGCGUGUGUGUGUGUGUGUGUGCGUGUGUGUGUGCGUGUGUGUGUGUGGCACUUCUUUAGUGGUCAUUUCUAGAUGAAUGCGCUUUCUAAAGCUCUGUGCCUUUCUAAAGCUUUGUCUGCCUUUUCCUAAACUUGUCCACACUCCCCUGGUGUUACACUGAUUCCCUUUGUGACAUUGUGUUUUGUGUGUCUGUCUUCAGUUCACCAUUUUCAUGCCUUUUCAUUGUACUGACCUAUUGCCAUAAGAGACUUUUUUCUGGACUGUAUGUUUGUGUGUGUGCCUCCAUUGACAACUUAAAGCCCCUCAAAUUUUAACAAAAUCAAGACAAAACACUAGAUUACAUUAUUAUUAUUAUCAUUAUUAUUAUUAUUAUUAAUGUUAUUAUUAUUGUUACAAAAAGACAUAUUCCUCGUGUGUUUAGUUUUUGUACUGAAAGCGUUUACCUUGCAUGGUUUGUUACUGAGAAAUGGAAAAAAAAGCCAUUCGAUCAUGCCUGCUUCAAUGUGACCAUGUCUGCAAACACCUCUGGAUCCCGGUGCUUUCGUCGUACCAAAGACUCAACACAACCAAACAUGCAAACAUACUGUGCUAAUAUGCUUUGACCACCACCUUCACACGCAUUUAAUAAGAACUCAUGCACAGCUAAACAGCAUUUUUUAAAAUCAGCAUAUGCAAAAAUAACCCUAAAUGUUGAUAUUUGUUACUGUUACGUGCUAAAUUUUGUUUUUCUUUUUUUCAAGACACUGUAUUGAUUUCCUAUCUCCAUUUACUGUAAUCGUCACCCAGAAAUUCCUCCUCAAAUAUUUUCCCUCAUUUGUGUAUCUCUGUCGUAAUUUGAUACCAGACGUUCUGUCACUGGUUACCACUGAUUUUGAAGCAAGGUUGAGCUUUAAGAGAGCUGUAUUAACACUGAACCUCCAUCCUAAUCUUUGGACCACCACAUCCUUUUGAUUCAUAAUAAUUCCCCAAAUAAAAGGAUAAUUUUGGACCUGCCAUCUUACAUUGAAUGGUUUCAUUUUUACCCUUGUGUCAAAAAGAGCUUUUUGAAUGUUAUGGAUGUGCCCCUUUGUUAUUUUCCACUUCUCUACACAACAUUGUAACAUCCAAGUACAUUUUGUCAAUGCUAUUUGUGCAAUAAAUUCAACUA